AAGUUUCGGCACUUUUCAGGUAAAUAUAUGAAAGUGGAGGCUGGUGUCCUUGUAGUUGUCGUCUAGUAGGCACGCACAGGUGUUAUAACAUUUAGGCUUUGUUAACGCGUUAUUACAAGAAAAGGGAUGAUUUAACUACCUCCAACUUUCACUUAAAGACUAAGGAGGCGUCCUUAUGGCUCUCAGGUUAGCCGUCUUCUUUCUGCUGUGCACCGCCUUAUCUGACACGUCCUCUCUGGUAGUCGCCCAAAGCUGUGUGGAUCGUGGAGAGGUGAGGGAGCAGGUGCUGUUUGCUGGAGACCAGUUCCCCUCAUACCGUCUACAGUGUGCUCUAGAUCCCUCUCCACAGUUAACAUGGCUCAAAGACUGUGUGCAGCUGGACUCUCAAAUGAACUCCUACCUGGAGUUCCUCACAUUGAAAGUGGAAGAACAGGGAAACUACACCUGUGUGAACAAUAACUCAGCAUCAUAUACAGUUAGACUGAUUAUUAAGGAGAGGAACUGCUCCACAGAGCCAGAGUUCAUCCCAGAUGGAGGUCCAAUGACACUGCAAAGGAGUGUGGGAGCAACAGUUCAAAUGAAUUGUACAGCUCUGCUCCUCUGGCACCCAAAAGACCCAAAUCACUGUAACACCGCCAUGCACUGGAGUCAAAAUGGACAUAAUAUCACCAACCACCCUCUGCUGCAAAUAUCCACCUGGUCUGUGGGUCCAGGUAAACUGAUAGUGAGCAGUCAGCUGGAAAUCACACUGGAAAAACAUGAAGAUUUUGGUCUUUACACCUGCACAGUGAGAAAUGCAACCAUGACGUUCUCUGUAGAACGUAUACAAUUUCACCCAAGCCACACUGCUGCUGUCAUUGGAGCUAUUGUGGUGCUUGCCUUGCUGGGUAUCGCUGCUCUUGUGUACGCCAAGUGUCACCUCAAUAUCAAAAUGUGGUACAAAAACAUCUAUGGAGACUAUGAACUCAGUGAUGGGAAGCUCUAUGAUGCCUACAUCUCAUAUGUGAACAAUGAUCACGACAGAAAGUUUGUCAAUUUUAUACUGAAGCCUCAUCUUGAGAAUAAAAAUGGAUACAAGGUCCACCUCAAUGACAACGAUAUUCUGCCUGGUGUUGAGCCGUCUGCUGAACUAAUUAUGAACAUGAGUCGAUCCCGGCGUCUCAUCAUCGUGCUCUCAUAUGCCUAUCUGGAACAAGACUGGUGCACCAACAACUUCAAACAGGGCUUUCAGCACUUGCUGGAGUUGUGUCCACGGCCCAUCCUUAUUCUACUGGAAGGGCAGAGUAAACGCUUUAGUUCAGAGGUCAAACAGCAGCUGACUGAGCACCAGCACUGCCUCACCAUACUCACUUGGAGACACAACUCUGUGACUCCAUCUUCUGUCUUCUGGAAGGAGCUGUCUCUGGCCAUGCCCCGACACCUCUUCUUCCGCAGUGAGUCGUCUGGAGACCCUCAGACUUUGCUCCAUGACGAUAAGGACCCCAUGUUGACCGUGGACCCGGACUACCUGGACUGUCGCUCGGACACAGACCCUGCUGGAGACCUUGGGGUGCGCCUCCCUGCCUACAAGGCCAUGGUAUGCAGAGCUCCGGUGCUCCCUGCACCUUCUGUCUCUGAAUCCAAACCAGCUCAAGCUGAUGUCGAUGUGUCCGACCUUGGAUCACGCAAUUAUGGAGCACGUUCCGACUUCUACUGCUUAGUCACCGAGAAUGAUGUCUGAGCCAGAAUGUUGUGGACCUUUAUAUGCCAUUUUGUUGAUUAUCUGUAAGAGAUUAUGCUGUUUUAUACACAUUUAUAUUCAUGGAUGGCUGAUUUGAAAUGGGUUGUGCAUUUUAUGAUUUUUGAUGAUCAUAUGCCUUUCAGGUAUUUGUAUGUAUGUGCGUAUGUAUGUCCAGGAGAGGGCAGAGUAGUAAAAGAAUCUGUAGUUGCCUUAUGUUGUUACUUGACAGCGGUAAAAAAAAAAAAAAAGUAGAGAUGGACAGUGGCCAGAGAGUCAUGCAGCUAAUAAGCAGGUAAUUGACCCAAGUUUGCAUAUUAACAUUUCAUUUGACUUGAGUUAAUUGCUAACUACAACUAACUGCUAACUAACUACAGCUUUGAAAAUAGGGUCACGCGAAACAUACUCAGGAAUUAUGUGAAGAAGAGGACGUUAUAACUUUAUGUAAUAAAAUACACAACACAUAAUAUGUAAAAGCCCAACUAGUGAUGGACAUUAAGAAUUAGCUUGUGAGUUCAUGAAACGUUCUUGUUCCUAUCAAAUAAACCUAAUAAAAAUAAAAAAAAUAAAAACAUGAAAUAACACAGAUUAUUUCAUUAUGUGAUUAGAGAGUAGUAGUGUUUCAACAUUAAUGAUGCAUAGAUACAUAAUAAUAAACACAACUACAAUCAGCAAAGAGCCUUCAUCUAUUUAAUCUUCUCAAAAAUGAAAAGACUGAACGGACUUGAGCUGUCUUUAUUCCAAGCAGCAGAAUGCCUGACUCUUUGUAAUGUUUGAUGAAUGUGUAACGCAAAUUAUAAAGUUUUAUGUAAGUAGUUUAACUGUCCUUUUGCAGUUUGUUUUGUUAAUUGAAUCAUUUCAAAUCAAACCCUAAAUAAAGGCCCAUCUGGGAAGCCCAUCUGGCAAAUUGUGGUAUGGCUCUUGUCUGAGCAGGAGCAAAUAUGUAAACUGGGAGCGGCCC